AUGACACAAGGAGACGACACACCCGAAGACAAAGUCCAAGCCCUCCGCGCCAUCGUCAAAAGCACCAUGGCACCCCCAACAGCGGAGGAAGAUAUCGUCUAUGUCGACUGUCAACACGACCCGGCGACCGAUAAGGAGGUCGUCCUUUGGGAUGAUGUCAUAUUGGCUUUGGAGCCACGAAGGAUCGCUGCUAUCCCGGACACGGUCCUGGACGUCAUCAUCGAGUGCAAGGAACAGGAAGCCAACAACAGGCAACAGCAACAGGAACAACAAGAAAUACUCGAAAGGGAAGCCAUUAGCACAGAGUUUGACACCAGCGCCAUCACCAGGCACGGUGGUGACGGUGGUCCUCAAAUUGAAGUAUCGCAAGAAGUUAUCAUCACCAAGCUGACGAUUCCCGAAAGCCCCGUCGUCAUCUCGACCACUUCGACCACUUCCCGAGCACCUCAGACCAUCCUUGAGGACAACGAUACCAACAAGGACAACGACAGCAACUCUACCCGCAAGAACGCAACAAACCACUCCGACAACAAGGACUUCCACCGUGGCCCUCAACUCUACGUCGACAACCUGGACCAAACCCACACCAAUGCCGACCUGGGCGAUGUCGCAGCACAGGUCAAACUGGGCGAUAUGUACCUCGAGGGAAAAGUUGCCCCCCAGAACUACCAAUUGGCUCUGAAGUGGUACUUAAAAGCUGCCGAACAAGGCGACGCUGAUGCCCAACGCAAGGUCGGCAACAUCUACUCCAAGGGUCUCGGCGUCCCUCAGGACCAAGCAAAAGGUAUGGAGUGGUAUCUCAAGGCAGCUAAGCACGGCAAUCCCCCCGCACAGUGCGACAUCGCCAUCCUCUACUCGACCGGCGACGGCGUGAUCAAAGACUACAAGCACGCCGAAAAAUGGUACCGCAAGUCUGCCGAGCAGGGAUACGCCCUCGCUCAGUGGAGCCUAGGCAACCUGUACCGAAAGGGCGACGGCGGGAUGUCAAUCGAUUACACCAAGGCCAUGCAAUGGUACCUCAAGGCAUCUGGCCAAGGCAAUGCCGAAGCGCAGGCAGAUAUCGGCACCUUGUACUACGGCGGCCUCGGUGUUCCCCAAGAUUACUCAGCCGCCAUGGACUGGUACCUCCGCGCCGCCGAGCAAGGAAACACCACUGCCCAGUUCAAAGUCGGAUACAUGCACGAGAGAGGCGAGGGGACCUCACAGGACUACUCGCAGGCGUACCGGUGGUACUGCAAGUCGGCCGAACAAGGCGAUGGGAGUGCAUCGAAUAAUGUUGGACUUUUGUACUAUAAGGGGUUGGGUGUGCUGAAGGAUUUAAUGAAGGCUAUGGAUUGGUACAAGAAGGCGGUCGAGCAGGGCAACCAGGCUGCGAGGACCAACAUUGACGCUGCAUUGAAGGAUAUCCGUGCCUUGACGAAGUAG